AUACACUUUAAAUACAAAACUGAGGAUGGUUAGAAUUGUAUUUAUGUUUUUCAUCUUCCUGCUCGUUAAAGCAACGGCUGUGAUACCCUCCUGGGUAGCUUUGAGUGCAAUCCUGAUAUGGUCCCACUUUUCUAGGCCCAAAAUUUGAAUUUACCAUCUCCGUGACCCCACAUUUACCUCUUCAUAAUGGGUUCAAACUCUCAGACCCGGCUUCCAUUUCAACUUAGCAUCACUCCCUUUGGGACAGCUCCAAGGCCCUUAGGAAGUAGAUUGGUGAUGUGGUGAGUGGAGAUAAGGGGCAGAAGAUGGAAGUGGAAAAAAUGUUGAGCACCCCACAUAGUGCCAGGAUCCGGCAAUCGUAUUCACUGGUAAAUGGGACCCCAGAUCUCGGCUCAAAUAGCACGCCGGCAAGUACUGCAGGCUCAGAAUAUGGUGGCAUUGAGUUCACAAGAGAGGAUGUUGAGGCCCUUUUGACUGAGAAAAUGAGAUGCAAAAGCAAAUUUAACUACAAGGAGAGAUGUGAGAAUAUGACGGACUAUAUAAAGAGGCUAAGGCUCUGUAUUAAAUGGUUCCUAGAACUUGAAACAGAGUACGCAUAUGAACAGGAAAAGUUGAGGAAUGCUUUGGAAUUGACUGAGAGGAGAUGUGAUGAAAUGGAGUUGACUUUGAGAAACAAGGAGGAAGAAUUGAAUUUGAUAAUUUUGGAAUUGAGAAAGAGUUUAGCUUCUGUACAGGAAAAACUCACAAAAGAAGAAUUGGAUAAGUUGGCCACAAUGGAUUCUCUUGCAAAAGAGAAAGAAGCUAGAACUAGUAUUGAGAAGAAACAGGCUUAUCUCUCAGAAGAGCUUGGUAAAGUUCAAGGGGAGCUUGAUAGUGCCAAUCAAAGGAUAGUAUCAGUUAAUGAUAUGUACAAGUUACUACAAGAGUACAACUCAAGCUUACAGGUUUACAAUAGUAAACUCCAAGCAGAUCUUGAUACGGCCAAUGAAGCCAUAAAGCGUGGAGAGAAAGAGAAAGCAUCCAUCAUUGAGAAUCUUGGCAUCUUAAGGGGUCAAUGUACAUCAUUGCAAGAACAACUUACUUUGUCCAAAGCUUCCCAAGAUGACGCUAUCAAGCAAAAAGAUGCUUUGGUGAAUGAGGUUGCAAGUCUUAGGAUUAAGCUGCAACAGGUCAAAGAUGAUCGUGACCAACAGCAACUGGAUGUGCAGCGUUUAACAGCUGAAAUAGCUAAAACUAAAGAAUUAGCUAACAACUCUAAUGAGUUGGAGGCAAAAUGUUUUUCACAAAAUAAUCAGAUUCAGAUACUGCAUGAUCAACUAGCAGUUGCAGAGAGGAAAUUGCAGGUGUCUGAUAUAUCUGCUCUUGAGACAAGAUUUGAAUUUGAAGAACAAAAGAAGCUCAUAAGAGAGUUACAAAACCGCUUAGAUGAUGCAGAAUUUAAACUCAUUGAAGGGGAGAAAUUACGGAAGAAGUUGCAUAAUACUAUCUUGGAAUUGAAAGGGAACAUCCGUGUGUUCUGUAGAGUACGGCCUCUGCUAUUUGAUGAUAGUUGUAGUGAUCAGGGGAAAGUUCUAUCCUAUCCCUCAUCAAUGGAAACUCUAGGGCGGGCUAUUGAUUUGACGCAUAAUGGUCAAAAACAUGCUUUCACAUUUGACAAAGUAUUUAUGCCUGAAGAAUCACAAGAGGAUGUGUUUGUAGAAAUUUCACAACUUGUUCAAAGUGCUCUUGAUGGUUAUAAGGUUUGCAUUUUUGCUUACGGCCAAACUGGCUCUGGUAAAACCUAUACAAUGAUGGGCAGACCAGGACACCAAGAAGAAAAAGGGUUGAUACCUCGGUCGCUAGAACAGAUAUUUCAAACCAAGCAGAAUCUUCAACCUCAAGGAUGGAAAUAUGAAAUGCAGGUGUCGAUGUUAGAAAUAUACAAUGAAACAAUUCGUGAUUUGUUGUCAACAAACCAAGAUGCUUCACGAACAGAAAAUGGUUCUGCUGGAAAACAAUAUGCUAUUAAACAUGAUGGAAAUGGGAACACACAUGUCUCCGAUCUUACCAUUGUGGAUGUUCAAAGUACUAGAGAGGUUUCAUAUCUUUUGGAUAGAGCUGCACGUAGCAGAUCGGUAGGCAAGACCCAGAUGAAUGAGGAAUCAUCAAGAAGCCAUUUCGUGUUUACAAUGCGAAUAUCUGGUGUUAAUGAGACCACCGACCAACAAGUUCAAGGUGUCUUAAAUCUAAUUGAUCUCGCUGGGAGUGAGCGCCUAUCAAAGAGUGGUUCAACUGGCGACCGUUUAAAAGAAACUCAGGCCAUCAAUAAAAGUUUAUCAUCUUUAGCUGAUGUUAUAUUUGCCUUGGCAAAGAGGGAAGAUCAUGUACCAUUUAGGAACUCCAAGCUUACCUAUCUUCUUCAGCCAUGUUUAGGCGGGGACUCGAAGACUUUGAUGUUUGUAAACAUCUCCCCUGAAGUUUCCUCAGCGGGGGAGUCCCUGUGUUCACUGCGUUUUGCAGCCAGGGUGAAUGCUUGCGAGAUAGGAACUCCACGACGUCAAUCCAACAUCCGGGUAGAACCCGGACGCUUUUGCUAGGGGCUGACAUGACCUUCCAUAAAAAUAGAACAUUUUGUUUCUUCCUUCCCUUUCACUAAGUUAUCAGUGUCUUCGUUCACUAAGUCACCCUAACAUGAGCUGUUUGUUGUAAUUUGUAUAGUAAUCAUUGCAUUUGUAUCAUUAAAAAAAAAGAUUGAAAGAUCUUGAUUUCCUUCGUACUUACAUAACAAAAAUUCAGGGCAAUG